AUGGCGACAGCUUCUCACACAUACGAUGUUUUCUUGAGUUUUAGAGGUGAAGAUACUCGUAAUAAUUUUACGGGACAUUUAUUCGAUAGUAUGAAGAAAAGAGGUAUUCGCAUCUUCAUGGAUGAGUCAAACCUGAAGAAGGGGAUAGAAAUUGCUCCAACACUUGCUAAAGCCAUUGAAGAGUCAAAAUUAUCACUCGUUGUGUUCUCAAAAAAUUAUGCAUUUUCUACUUGGUGUCUGAAUGAACUUGAAAAGAUUGUCGAGUGUAUGAAUUCAAGGGAUCAUAUUAUUAAACCCAUUUUUUUGGAUGUGGAUCCAUCUGAAGUACGACAUCAAAAGGAGAAUUUUGGAAAAGCGUUGGCUAAGCAUGAACAGAAAUUCAAAGUAGAAAAGGUGCAGAGAUGGAGAACAGCUCUAACACAAGUGGCCAACUUGAAUGGAUGGACUAUAGCAAACCGGAGUCAAUCAAAAGUGAUCAAAGAAAUUGUUAGACACAUUAUGGUUGAAGUAAAGCCUGCACCGGACAUAGAAAUUCCUGAUUGCGUGGUUGGAAUUGAUACUCACCUCAGCAAGAUUGAAUCUUUUUCGUUUUCUGAUAUCAAUUCAGAAGAGGUUCAGAUGAUAGGGAUCUAUGGGGUUCAGGGAAUCGGAAAGACAAUCCUGGCCAAAAAGGUUUACCACGAUCAUAAAUCUGAUUUUGAAUAUAAAAGCCUUGCAGAGGGCAUCAAACACGGGGCAAAAGAAAAUUAUCAAAUAGUCGAAGUACAAAAAGCUAUUCUUUCUGAAAUCUUGGGAGAAACGGAUGUCCCGGUGUACAACGCGGAGGAAGGAGCUAAAGUGAUGGAGGGUGUUCUUUCCUCUAAAAGGGUUCUUUUACUUCUUGAUGAUGUCGAUAAUGGACUGCAGUUAGAAAAACUAGCAAGGAGAUGUAAUUGGUUUGGUCCUGGAAGCAGAAUCAUUAUCACAACACGGAAAGAAAGUUUGCUACGUAGACAUAAAGUACAUUUUACCUGUGAGAUAAAGGCGAUGGAUCCAAUUGAAGCUGUUCAACUCUUUAGUUGGCAUGCUUUUAAAAGAAAUGAGCCUCAUCAAUAUAGUAGGGAAAUUACAAACGCUAUAGUAAGUUACACUAAAGGAAUUCCAUCAGCUUUGGUGAAAUUGGGUAGUGUUUUGUCUUCUAAAUAUGUGAGUUAUCAGCAUUGUGAAGUAGAUGGAGAAAAUAAACAGGUAGGAGAAAUAAUUCCAUCAGCUUUGGUGAAAUUGGGUAGUGUUUUGUCUUCUAAAUAUGUGAGUUAUCAGCAUUGUGAAGUAGAUGGAGAAAAUAAACAGGUAGGAGAAAUGCGCAACCUAGUUUGGAAAAAGCUAAAUAAAAUGUUCAAGCCUGGACAGUGGGGUGCUGAUUCAACUGGAAGACUGGACAAGACAUUGAAACACAUCUCUGGGUACUACCCAAUGAUGACACCUAUGAGGAUUUCAGCUGGAUUGGGAGCAUCUGAGGGAUGUUUGGAAGCAGAUUUUGAGUAUUGUUGUUCAAUAUGA